GAUGAAGAUGAUCCAUGGGCCGAUGUUGAUGAUGAUGAUGAAACAAUGUUAAAAUCCGGUAAAUUGAAUAUUGUUGAUCAAAUGAGACAGCUACGUGAACAAGGCCGUUAUAUACCAUAUGAAUUGACAACAAAUCAUAUGAAUGAAACAAUAUCACGUGUUGUUUCGGCAUAUGAAAUUUUGGAUCAAUAUUAUUUACCAUCAAGAGAAACAUGGGAAAAAUUACUUGGUCUAGUCACUGGUUUAGAUGUAACCGUACAACCGGAAUGUUUUGCAUCCUAUUUUCAAGGUGUUAGCGGUUUUCGUGGCUAUGAAACAUGGGCAUAUCGAUUUUUGGAUGUACGUGGAAGAUUUCCCGAAUCCGGUACAUUACAUGGAAAAUUUUCCAGUUUUGGUGAAUGGGAUGAAUGUUUUGAAUUGGAAUCACCACAGAGUUCUUCAACCGGUUUAACUGUAAAAUCACAAUAUUGUAUGUUGGAAGUGAAAAUACCUUAUCCAGUUGUAAAUAAUUUGGAGGAAUUGAAACAAGUGGUCGAUGUUAAUCAUCCAUGGUUUAUGAAAAUGAAAAAAUAUCUACGAAAUUUUCGUCUACACAACCUGUUUACGCCAUAUAAAUUGAUUGAAUUACUUCAGAUGACCAAUGGUACAAUUUAUCGUGCUGGCCUUUGUAUACCACAUCUUUGUAAACAAUAUGAAAUUGAAAAUCUUAUACAAAAUUUAACUUAUCCAAUUUUUCGUAUGCCAUUACAAUUGGGACCUAAAUGUUAUAAAAUUGAUGAUCCAGUUAAAUUUAAGCCACAUCAACUUGUUGCUGCAACAUUGAUCACAGCAUUGGUUGCAUUCGUCAUACUUUGUACAAUCAUUGAAUUCUACAAUAUUAAUUAUGAUCGUACAACAGCAAAGAAUAAUCUAAAACUUGGAAAUGUUAUGUUUCAACAUGAUUUGAUUAUGAAACCGAAUUUAUUUCUUUAUUCAUUCUCAAUGAUUACAAAUAGUCGUAGUUUAUUGAAACAUUCACGUUUUAGUUCAUUAGAUUCGAUGAAAUUUUUAUUCAUGAUCUAUAUACAUCUUUAUAAUUAUUUCAAUCUACAAUCAACAAUUGGCUUUGUUUCAUUGAAACGUAUAUUCACAACAUAUCCGGCAUUAGCAAUGCGUAGUGAUCGUUAUACUUGGUUCCGUACAACAUUACCAUUUGAACCGAUAUUUAUAAUUAGUGGCCUAGUGGUUGGUUUUAAUAUUCAUCAAAAAUUGAAAGGAUCAUUCACAAAGAAUAAUUAUCUACUUUAUGUUGCACGUUUAUGGGCACAAUUUGCUGCUACUUAUAUUGGUUCAGUGUUUUUCAUCUAUCUAUUACCGGUUAUGAAUCGUGCACCAGUAUGGGAAAAUGGAAUGUCAUGGUUAGAUGGUUGUCUUAAUCCACAAAUUGUAUUGAAUGGAUUAUUAUUCAUUUCAAAUUAUAAUGUACAAAUGGGUUCAAUGGGUGGCCGUCAUUCACCAAUAUUACCGAUGUGUAAUCCACCAACAUGGAUGACAUCUGCAUUAAUACAAUUAUUGGUUAUUGCACCGAUAAUUGUUUAUAUUGCCUAUCAGCUAAGCAAACGUGGUGCAUACAUUUUUUUCAUGUCAAUCAUAAUUAUUGGUUUUCUAAUGAAUUUAUUACCAUUCAUUGUGUUUGGUAUAAAACCGGAUGUACAUUUUCUGGAAUUUGAAACCCUAUAUGAAACAAUACUAUCACAUUCAUGGUAUCGUUAUGGAACGCAAGCUUAUAUCGGUUGUUUUCUAAUGGGCAUCAUGGCUGGCUAUCUUCUAGUCGAUUUUAAAAUAUUAUUACGUUUUGAAAUUGAAACCACUGUAUUGGUUGUUUCAUUCAUAUUGAUACAGAUAUCGAUAGCAGUGAACAAUGUAUUCUGGCGUCUAGAUCGACCACCAUCAUUGAUAUUAUCAUUAACAUGGUAUACAUUGAUACGUUUCCUUGGUUCAGUUGGUUUUACCGGUAUAUUCUUUUUGAUUGCAUCGAAUCGUUGUAGUUUAUUCAAUCGACUCUUAGAUUGGUCACCAUUACGAUCAAUCUCUCGUCUUGCUUAUUCAUAUUUUAUGGUACAUAUAUUGAUCGUUUUCUAUCGUAUAUUCUCCACUAAAGAUGUCCAAUCAAUGACCGAUUCAAUGAUGUUGCAAAAUUUUGCCAUCGAUGUUAUGUUCACAUUAUUACUUGCAUAUCUAUUCUAUUGUAUGGUAGAAUGUCCAUGUGUGAACAUAUUGAAUUGGAGUCAAGGAAAAAUAUUUUUCGAUGUUGAACAUGUACAACAAUCAUCGAAUGAAAAAUCAACAACAAUGAUGAUGAUGACGAAUGGUGGUGAUGGCCAUUUACACAUUAACAAUAAUAUAUCAACAGCAACAACCGGUUCAUUAGAUCAAUUGGCAACAACACAACAACAACAAGAUAAAUCAUCAGCAUUAAAGAAUGUGACCAAUAAUAAUAAUAACAUUGGCUAUACAAAUAAUGCAUAUGUUAGUAAUGGAGAUUUAUCAUCAUCAUCAACAUCAUCUUCGUCGACACCACCACCACCAUCCAUUAAUAAAAAUAAUAAUGGUGAUGAUCAACAACAACCAAUUCAAUCUAAAGAAGAUGUUGAAAAAUGUUAACAUUAAAUCAACACAUAAACAAAGAAUCCAUUGAAUCAGCGUGUGUGUGUGUGAAUGAAUCAAUAACAUCAUCAUCAUCGUCAUCAUCAUCAUUAUCAUAGAAUUGAAAUACCAAAAAAAAAAAAAAAAUACGAUGAAAUCCAAAAUGUAGCAAAACAACUAGAAAGCAAACAAAAAAAUUGUGAUCACAAAAUCAAUAUAUUGUCAUAAUUAUAUAAUUACACAUUCUGAAAAGAACAAAAAAAAAUUAUUAUUUCGAUUCUUUUCGAUUAAUUAAUAAUAAUAAUAAAAAAAAUUUUUUUUUUUCCGUCACAUUUCAAAAAAAAGAUAAUUUUCUCGUUCUCAUUGUAUUUGUUGUAUAAGCAGUUUGACAACCAAUUACCUAUUUUCAGAAAAAAAAUCCAUUUCCAUUUCCAUUCUAUUCCUUUUCAUUUAUUAUUUAUUUUUCGGAUAAAAAUUUUGUAACAAUAAGUUUCAAUUUCAAACAAACAAACAAAAAAAAGAAAUAAAUUGUGAUUCUUGGCUGAUUGGUUUCUCAUUGGAAACUAUUCCGACAGGAAUUGUUGGCUUUCAUUA